AUCAUUUUCAUUUAAAAUUUUUCCUGAAAACGGAAAUACUUUGUGUUGAAUGUUAUCUCGUAACUGCCACUUAUAAAAUACAAACGGCAUUGCAUGAGAUUUUCAACAUUCUUUAAAUUCUCAGAAAAAGAGAUGGAAGAGAUAUUCACAUUAAAGAGGAGCCACUCAACAUUGUGCUGAUUGACAUAUUUGACAUAGCUCCUUUUUAUAUGCAUUUCUACCAUACCUUUGACAGAGUCAUGUUUUAAUUCUAACACACUGGAAUAUCUAAGAACACUAACUAGUUUGGAGUGUUUAUUUAUAAAAAUUCCAAAGUGCGGAUUGAUUGGUUCCCCUCCUUGUCCUUUAUCGAUAAUCAUAGCCAACUUCCACGUAGAACUAGAAACGUACCAACUAUACAACUGUUUGGUCCAUGACAUAAUAAACAACACAUAUAUAUAACGAUGCCCGGCGUGUCACGUCAUAAUCACCAGACUGUAUAAAGACCAACCCGGUCCUUGUCGCGUCAAAGUGCAACGCGCCCGCGUGACAAGGUUAGGGUUCAACGACGAAGACACCUCCUUCAGUCGCUUGGCCGACAUCGAGUCGAUUUAUUGGUUACUUGUUUUUGCGUUUUUCCUUCUUCGUUUUCCCACUUUUUUUACUCUUCUUUCCCCCGGCCGUGUCGACGGACCGACCGUCAACGAACGAAAUCCCGAAUCCGGCCGGUGAGUGCUCGACUCGGAGUGGAGUACCAGUGAGUGCUGGAUUCCUCACAUUCGCGCCGGGUUCCUCGCCGAUGUGAAUUCACUUUCGAAUCGAGGUCGGCAUUUGUUCUCUUGCAUUUCCUCCGUGUCGUUUGUGCACCCGCACAGAAUACGCGAGUGUGCUCCAGCAAAUCCCGAGCAUGUCAUCCGUUGCGCGGAAUCGGUUCCUGUCGGCGCUCAGCGUCGCGUGGCGUCUCGUCGCCGCUGCCGACCACGCGCACGUAACACACAUAGGCGUGCGCCGCGGGAAUACGGCGUGCUGGAGAACAAUGGAUUGUAAUGUGCGAAUGGUGCAUUCUGCAACACAAUCGACAAACACAUGGGUCACAAGCAAAGAUGAAAGUCGAGAGAUGAUGGCAUUGUGGCCAGAUGUUGUUCGCGAUCUCACAGAUUCGACUAAGAAUUUCAUUAUUCCUGAUGUCAACAAAUGGAUGGCAAAAGUAUUACAGUACAAUGUUCCAGGAGGAAAAAAAAUUCGUGCUUUAACAUUAGUUUAUGCCUAUAAGAUUCUAGCAUCAAGUGAUCAACUUACAGAAGAAAAUAUUCGUUUAGUACGGAUCUUAGCAUGGUGUAUAGAACUGAUGCAAGCCUUUUUCCUCAUAAUAGACGAUAUACAGGAUCGAUCUUUGCUUCGCCGAGGACAACCAUGUUGGUAUCGAUGCAAUAAUCUCGAUUUAGGAGCAAUCAAUGAUAGUAUAUUGUUAAAGUGUGCUAUAUUUUAUCUAAUUAAAAAAUACUUCAAAGGGAAAGAUUGUUAUGUUAAUUUAUUAGAAACAUUUCACGAUAGUAUAUUGAAAACAAUAAUGGGUCAAAGUUUAGAUAUGCUCUCUACUAAUUUCGGCAAGAAACCUGAUCUGGAUAUGUUCACGAUGAAUCGAUAUAAUUCCAUUGUCGAGUACAAAACAUCGCACUAUACUUUUGUUUUGCCAAUAACCGUAGCAAUGCAGUUAGCUGGAAUAAAAGAUCCAGAGAUGUUCAGGCAAGCAAAAACCAUUUUGUUAGAAAUGGGGCAUUUGUUUCAAGUCCAAGAUGAUUAUUUAGGUUGCUAUAGCGAUGUUCAUGACAAGGAUUAUACUGAUAUACAAGAGGGAAAAUGUACAUGGCUGAUUGUUGUAGCUCUUCAACGUGCCACUCCGGAGCAGCGUAAAAUUUUAGAAGAAUGUUACGGUUUUCCCGAUCCGGAGAAAGUAAGACGCGUGAAACAACUUUUCACUGAUCUUGGUUUACCUAACACUUAUUCUAUAUAUGAAGAAGAAACAUACAAUCUACUAAAUGUACAUAUACAGCAAAUAUCACGCGGGCUUCCACAUAGUCUUUUCUUGAAUUUAUUAAGGAAAAUUUAUCAUAGAGCUUUAAUGUUCACUGAUGAAUAA